AUGAAGACAGAAUCUUUUAUGCUAGCUGUUCGCAGAUUUAUCAGCAGGCAAUCCACACCAAAAGUAUUCAUUUCCGACAACGCAUUGACAUUUAUAGCUACGGCCAAGAUUAUGAAAGAAGAAGUUUUGAACCCACAUGGCAUUACCUGGAAGUUCAUCCCUCAACACGCUCCGUGGUAUGGCGGUUGGUGGGAAAGACUCAUUGGACUCACCAAGACCAGUCUGAAGAAAGUCCUUGGAAAGGCGUUAAUCAACUUAGAAACCCUACAGACGCUCAUUACCGAAGUCGAGUGUAUAAUUAAUGAUCGGCCGCUGACCCAUUCAUCAACAGAUCCAACAGACGACGUACCCUUGACGCCAUCACACUUACUAUACGGACGAAGAAUCACAACACCUAUCUAUCCAGACGACCGAGAGGAACCGGAAGCAGACGAUAUGUCACGUGAUAAAGCAGACAAGCUAUACCGUUUUAAGUCUGCUACAAUUGAACAUUUUUGGUCCCGGUGGAAGCACGAGUACCUUACAUCGUUAAGAGAGUUCCACAAACAUUUAGGAGGCGAAGGCGAUCUGAUUCGAAUUGGCGACGUAGUCCAGAUUCACGACGACACAUUACUCAGAAGCAGGUGGUCCUUAGGUGUUAUUGAUGACGUUGUUACUGGAGCAGAUGGACGUACACGUGCAGCACGAGUCAAAUCUAGAAAGGGCAUCAUCACCAGACCUAUAGCAAAACUUUAUCCGCUUGAGCUGAUUGAAUAG